AUGAAUAUCACUAAAUCAAACACUCCUGGUUCAAGUUGGGAGAUUAAUCCAAAUAGUUCAAAAUGGCUGGCAGACAAUCUUAAGGAGAUGGACCAGAGUGUAAGGCGAAUGCUAUAUCUGAUUGAAGAAGAUGGUUCUUUGACAUUGAAUGUUGAAAUGUAUUUUCAAAAGAAACCAGAGUUGAUUACUAAAGUGAAAGAGUUUCACCAACUGUAUAGAUCAUUGGCUGAGCGCUAUGAUCAUGUGACAAAAGAAUCAUAUAAAAGUAUAUCAUCUGAUCUCCAAAUGCAAGGCUCUGGAAAUUCUGAGUCUGGAUAUGACCAAGACUCUCCAUUGUUAACUCCUGAUGUUAAAGUUGGUUUGCACAAAUCUGGUCAUCUUGCUGCUGGUUUGGAUACAUCUCCAAGCUCCCCUGGUGGUGGCUCAGUUUUUUCUUUAAAGGAGGGCAAUGAAUCGUCCUCCUUAUCAUCAUCAGACUCCGAGUCAUAAUCUUUUGUCAACA